AUGGCUACUCAGAAAGAUAGACCUUUUGAAAUUCAGGAUGUCCCUACUGAAGAAUUACUUCAGCUACAUAGCAAUGUAGUAGGUCCUAAAGUUAAUUAUAUGCGACUGGGCCAAGCCGGUUAUUUUUUUCCCGAAGGACAUAGAGAGGAUUGCUACAAAGUGUACAAUAUGGAAGUCAGGCCUAGUGAUACCUAUGUCAUCACUUUUCCAAAAUCAGGUACAACAUGGACUCAGGAACUCGUGUGGUUAUUGGGAAAUGAUCUUGAUUACGAGACUGCAGCGAAAAUACCGCUUACUAAAAGGUUUCCAUUUAUUGAAUUGCCAAUGUAUUUUCGUGGUCCAAAAGCGAAAGAGUGGUUUGCAGAGUUGGAAAAAGUAGAUCCAAAAAUGGAAAAGUUUUGCGAAUUCGUCAAUGAUUAUCUUGACACGAUUAUCGAAGCUCCUUCACCUCGCUUCAUUAAGUCUCACCUGGCGUUCUCUCUGCUGCCGCCCAAUUUACUGGAUACUGCAAAAGUUGUAUAUGUAGCAAGAGACCCCAGAGAUGCCGCCGUCUCCUUUUAUCAUCAUCAUCAAAUUAUGAAAAUUAAUGGCUUCCAAGGCGAUUUUAAAACAUUUUGGAAUUUAUACAUUACUAACAGAAUUGAAUGGACCCCAUUUGGAGCAAAUUUAACAGAAGCUUGGGAGAAAAGGCACCAUCCCAAUAUGUUAUUCUUGUUCUACGAGGAACUUGUUAAAGAUCUGCCGGCUGUGGUGCGCCGAGUAGCGCAUUUCCUAAACAAGCCGGUAUCAGAGGAGCAGGUAGCGCGGCUCUGCGACCACUUGCACAUAGACAAUUUUAGAAACAACAAGUCCGUCAACUAUGACUACUUAAAAGAAAUUGGAAUGAUGGUACCAAACGGCCAGUUCGUUAGAAAAGGAAAAACCGGCGGAUGGCGCGAAUACUUCGAUGACGAGAUGACACAACAAGCGGAAGUUUGGAUGAAGCAAAACCUCCCUAAUGGGGCGUACAAUUUAUGAAUAUAACGCAAUCAUGUGCCUCAUCAUAUUUACCUGUUGUCACUAAUCACAGCGGCUCUAUCACUAAAACAGUAUGAUAUUAUUAUCAGAAAGGGUGUUACGGAGUCGCUCACAGACUUUGUUCUAUGCCUAUAACAUAUUAUUUCUAAAAAAUA